AUGCUACGACAAAAAGAGGCAAAACAUGCACGCGUGAAACAUUUACCAUUGUUCCGUGAGGGCUCCACACUGUUUCGUCACUUGGGAAUGAGGACGCUAAGUGACUACGAAGACCUACCUACGACCAGUUUUGAUGGAAUAAUUUCAGUGAUUCAUUCGGAGAAAGAGGAACAAAAGUAUGCACAGUAUUUGAAAGAACAGAAAGUCGUGGGCGUAGACACGGAAGCGAGACCAGACUUUCACCCGCUAAAUGGAAAUAAAGGUAAUCCCGUGUGCUUGAUUCAGGUCAGUACUCUCGAAAGAGCGUUUUUGUAUAGGUUGCAACGAGGAAGAAAACUGCCUCCAGUGCUGCAACAGCUCUUUGCUGACCCCGGCGUAUUAAAAGUUGGUCACGCACUAAGCGACGACUUUCGUCAGUUGAAGGCAUCGGACUUUGUACAAGUGGUAAACUCGACGGUAGACACACUAUAUAUAGCACACAAGCUUGGAUGCAAUCGACCUGGUUUGAAGACGUUGUGUCAGAUCUUUUUGGGAGGGUCGCUGCAUAAAGAGAUGCAAGUGUCGGACUGGGAAGCGCCUACUCUGAGCAAGGCGCAGAUCGCCUACGCAGCAACGGACGCCUGGGCCCCUAUGAGGAUCUUGCUUGCAAUGAUUCAAUUGAAGGAUACAAAAGAACUACUACGGACAAAGAGCUACAACGCAUCCGCACAGACGAUUAUCGAUGAGGAUCAUGAGGUUUUGCUAGGCAGGUUACUUUCUUUUGCCCUUCUUCAUUCAGGCGCUUGA